AUGGACCUCUGUGACACAGACGCACCUGACGCCCCAGAGCAGAGACUCUUCAGGGGCAAGAAUGAGUCUCUGUGCUCAGAGCCCACGCAGUUCCUGCGGAUUUUUACUACUAGCCUGCGGUGGCUCAGCAUGACGCCGCGUUCCCGCGCCCAAGAGCGCUGGCUGCGCCUGCGCAGAGGUCUCCGCGACCUAGUGGAAAAGGAGAAGAAAGCCGAGAUGCGCGUGGCGUGCUUGACCCACGGUCUGGAGCCCCUGCGCCGCCUGGAUAUGGCAGCGGGGUUGUGCUCGGUGGCGCAGGACCCGCUGAGUGGACGGCUGGUGGUACUGGACGGCAAGGGUGUCCUGCACCUACACAAGAAGGACGGCUGGGCGCAGGAGAAGCUGGGGGCUCCUGCCCAGAUCACGGGGCUGGUGGCUGUGCCAGGCACUCUGGGCGCUCAGAGUCGCUUUGUGGGCUGGGGUCCCGCGGGGCUGGUUAUUCUAGGGCCCACUCUCUGCCUGCUGUGGCAGAGCCAGCCAGGGCUGGGGCCAGGGCAGACCCUGGAGCCCACCUCCUGCCUACCUGUGCCCAACUCAGACCUCCUUGUCGUGGCGCGGAUGGACGGCGCUCUGGAGCUCUGGAAGUUCCGCUUGGGCGGUCGCUUCUUGGUGCCGCUUGGGCCUUGCCUGCAGCCCCCUCGGAGUGUCAGGGGUGUGCUGUCGCGUAUGACACUGGGGGGGGCGCCACCUUGCCUCCUGCCCCCCUGCUUCGCUGCGUAUGGCACCGCUGUGCUCACCUUUGAUCUGCACAGCUGGGCCCUUGUAGACGUGCACCGAGACCUGCACAAAAAGGUGACGGCUUCCCGAGACAGCACGGUGAAGGUGUGGGAGCCCGACUGGCAGAUUCGAACGGUGUUUGUGGGCCACACAGGCCCGGUGACGGCUCUGGCCGUGCUCCCGAACACAGCCCUGGUGCUGUCAGCCUCACAAGAUGGAACCUUGCGCACGUGGGACCUGCAAGCAGUGGCGCAGGUGGGCGAGGUGGCGUUGGGCUGCUGGGGCCUGAACAUGUCGUCGUGCAGUGUAAACACCCUGCUGGCACCUGCCAGCCCUGGUUGGCCGGUGCUUUCCCUGAGCAAUUGCAGCGUGGAGCUGUGGCGCAUUCGUGAGCUCUACUCGCUGCUGGCACAGCUGCCAGCGCAGGUGCUACACCUGCAGGUGGUGCCCGCUCUGCCUGCACAUCUGCAUCCACUGCCCAUGCGCCUCGUGUGCACGUGCGCCGACGGCUCCGUCGGCCUGGUGUCCGCCAACAGCGGGCGCGCGGUGACGGCGCUGCUGCUUGGGCCUGAUGACUGUGCGGUGGCAGUGGCCUACUGCCUGCCGUGCGAGGUGCUGUGGCUGCUGACGCGCACUGGGCACCUGGUGCGUGCCAGCGCGGCGUUCUGCCCAAUGCGAGUCCUGGAUCGCGUGCCUCCGCCUGCGGCUCCCAUGGGGCAGCCCUGCUGCCUCCACCUCUACAGUCACCUCACCGACUCCAGGAGCGCGCGCAACUCUUGGGAAGCCACACGCCACUGCCCGGCUGAACUGUACCGCGGCAACACAGCUAGGGCCCUGAAGGACAAGAACCGGUACCUGCCCGUGGUAGGACACACCGAUGGUGCGCUAUCGGUGCUCGAGUGGCACUCCACGCGGACUGUCUUCCACAUAGAGGCGCACAGCCCAGGCCCUGUCACUGCCAUCGCGUCCACCUGGAACUGCCUCGUGUCUUCCGGCUGCGACCUGGUGGUGAAGAUGUGGCGCGUCUUCCCCUACGCUGAGGAGAGCCUGAGCCUGCUGCGCACCUUCUCCUGCUGCCACCCGGUGGUGGCACUCUGCGUGUUUGGCAAGCACAUCACUGUGGCCUUCGAGGCACCAGCUACUGCCACCUAUGGCCUGGUGCAGUUAGGCACGGGUAACCACCCGCGCCAUGACCACCAGCCCCAGGAUGACCCCACAGACCACAUCACCGGCCUGGUCUGCUGCCCUGCGCUCAAGCUCUUAGCGUCUGCCAGCCUUGACUGUACCAUUCGCAUCUGGACCACAGAGAAUCGCCUGCUGCGGCUCCUGAAGCUAAAUGGCGCCCCCCAGGCCCUGACCUUCUGCAAUGAUAGUGGGGACCUGGUGCUGGCACUGGGUUCCCGCCUCGGCCUGGUGCCCCACAGGGUCUACCUGCCCACUUCCUACCUGGUCGAGAAGCUGUGCCAGAAGGCCCCGGAUUUUAUAGAUGACCCUCCACUGCCCCUGACCAGCCAGGAGUCACUGACCUCGGCCCAGCUGCAGAAACUCGCUAGCCUGCGUAGGUCAGCCUGCCUCAGUGGCACCAAGUCUUUCAUCUACCAGUACCAGGCAUCUCAGCAGCCAGUGGUGAAAGAGGACUUUGAAUCCCUAAGUGCCAGAGACCAGGACCUGCAGAGGCUCAGGCAGGGGCUGGUAGUCCCAGCAGCCCAUCCGCCAGCCUCUUCGCAGCUGCGCCAGGAAGCUUUUGACAACUAUCUUCGUCUGAUCUAUGGCUCCAGCCUGGUGGGACGUGUCCCCGCCACCCCAGCCCUGCCACUUUCCACGCUGGUGCCUCCCUCUGCACCAGGCCGUCCAAUGCCUAUACCUGCCAUCUCCCUCCCAGGGCAUGGAAACCGGACGGGCGCUCUGUCAAUGGGGCCCCAUGGGGCUCCCUGUGGAGAAAGUGGCAGCCUGGCACCCUCCCUGAAGGACUUGGCCCCCACCCCUCCAGUGGCUUUGCCCGUCUCUCUGAAGGCGCACAGCAGGACAUCCCAGAUCCGGCUGAAGAGGCGCCCCAAGGAGCUGCUCUGUAAACUCACCGGUUUCUUUCCUGCUACCCUUCAGCCCCCAGACCAGCCUGUGCUCCGGCCCAUCCCUUUCCCUGGUUCCAUCCCCAACUCGGUGGUGCUGCAGCACCUGUGGCUGCCAACAGAGAUGGGCGGCCUCGGAGCAUUAGCUCAGCUCUCUACCAGCCAGGCACACUCAAGGCAAGAGGGGAGCUGGCUGGGGGUGGGGGCUGGAGGUAGGGCCUCCUCCCCUCCACCAGCCAGCCUGAGUUUUCUCUUUCCGCAGACCAGAGGGAGCCUGGAAAACGUGUGGCUGCGGGACACCAAAGGGUACCAUGCCCCAUGGCAGCAGAUGCUGCUCGGCUGGCUAGGUGGGGAGGAAGAGGCACAGCUGGAAGAGACCGAGGAAGAGGAGGACACAGACAUGGAUGAGCUGUACUGGGCAUCCACCCCAACCUCCCUGGGCUCCCAGAGGCCGCGUUCCAAUGAGCUGUUCGAGCGCUUGGAGCUGCAGGCAGAGAGCUUGGCCUUGAUCUCGGACCUACAAGGCCCCAGCCACGUGGGCGUCUCGGAGGUCAGCGAGCCCUCACCCUGGGAAGAGCGCUGUGUGCAUUUACCCAGGUUCCUGCAUUACUUCCUGAGGCAGAAUUGGUUCAAGAGGCUCUUCCCCGCCUUCACCCUGGAGGCCUACCCUGAGAUGGGCACCAGGGAGGGCCUGGCCUCACUGCUGGCCAGCCUGCUGAAGGAGGCCUCCUGGAGGGACGGUGUGGACAUCCUGAACGCACUGCUGAUACUGCUGCCGGACACGGGCUGCCACUUCCGUAAGAGGCUGAAGGACAUCCUCCUGCACUUGCUCAACCAGGAUCCGCCCCCUAGCCUCCAGGACCGGACACAGAAGCAGUUCGCAAUGCUGUCGCUACAGCUGCUCCUGGCCUGCUCCCUUGAGAUCCGGGACUUGGUGCUGGAGCUCCUUUCCUACGCCCUGUACUCCCCCGCCGCCUGCCAGCCCGAACUCAAGAUGCUGCUGAGCCAGCUGGGCCUUCAGGACCCCAACUGCAUCCUGUCCCAGAUGAUGACCUGGGUCCAGGGCUCGGAACACCACUCCAAGGCCUUGUUGCGCAAGCGCUGCAGCCAGAAGCUGGAGUGCAUGAUCCAGAAGCUGCAGGUGGGGGCGCCACUGGGGAGAGGCUCACACGCCUCCUUCAGUGGAGCUGGGACUUGGGCUCAGGACAGACCCUGCAGGCAGGGGCCCUGUUGGGGGAGAUCAGCCUCUUCCUCGGGGUGGUUCAGGCAGGGGCCUCAGGGAGCCCCAGCGCUUGUGACCCACUACCCCUCUCACUGGUGGGACCCUCCCUCACAGCCAUUUCCAGACAGGUCGCCCGUGGAACCGGAACAGAGCCUCCCCAGGGCGAGCAUAUCGCAGGACCUUUCCUACUUCCAUUUCUCUCGGUCUUUGCCUUCCUCUGUGCUGCUCCAGCACAUCUCGAGGGUGCCCUUGACCCCAGGCUCCAAAGCGCGGCGGAGCCUGGGUCCUCAGGAUUCAAGAGCCCAGGCGACCAAGGAGCAGCUGCAGGCCUGGCGGACCCGGCAGGCACUCUCCCGCUCACUGCAGGCCUUCGCUGGAUCUCCGGCUGCGGCCAUGCCCCAAGAUCCGAUGCUGCUGCCCGGGCAUACAGACGCAUUAUACUGGCAGCAGCUGGACCUAGAGUCCAUUGACGCGCUCAACUACUUCUGCGAGCAGCUGGAGCACUAUGGAAGCGCCCUGCUGGAGGAGCCCGAGCUGCAGCUCCCGAGCCCGGCGCCCCUGAGGCCUCACACGCCCAACACGGUGGUGCGCCAGCCCCUGGACCGCUGGUACCAACCCAUCCGCCGGCUGCAGGAGUCCAGAGUCCCAGCGACUCGGGUGAACCUGAAGGGCCGCAAUCCGCCCGGGAUCUGUGCAGGUGGCCCCCUGCGACUACUGAAGCUGCCCCUGCCGCGCGUGCAGCUGGGGCCCUUCCCUGCAGGCUGGCCCUCGCCGGCCCGCCCGCUGCCCCCACUCCUCCUGCAGCCGGCCCUGCAGCGGUACUUUCUGCCGGAGGAAGCAGACCCUGCCAGCCACCGAUGACCCAAGACUCACACGGCCCUGGGGCCGAUGGCGGCGUCUUGCUAAGGCUAGGGUAGGAAUAAAGCCCACAGGCUCUGUCCA